GCUCUCCUCCCCCCCACCUGCGGCCUGCUGCAGAGAGAACUACACGUCCCGUCAUGCCCCGCGCUCUCCUGCCCACGUGGGGGCCGCCUGGCUGCUUCUGCAGAAACAGAAAGUGCUCGGGCAGCGUUUCACCUUCAGCCCUUGGUGAGACCUGCAGGGGGGGCGAGGAAGCAGCAAUGAGCGCAGGAUCCCAGGCUGCAGUGGAGGAGAUCGAGCUCAUCAGAGGGCCCUCAGGUCUGGGUUUCAAUAUUGUGGGUGGCACAGACCAGCAAUAUAUAUCACAUGAUAGCGGCAUCUACGUCAGUAGCAUCAAGGAGAAUGGAGCGGCUGCACAGGAUGGCAGGCUGCAGGAAGGAGACCGAAUAUUAGAGGUGAAUGGCGUCAAACUAGAAAAUCUCUUACACAAUAACGCUGUGGAUCUGUUUAGGAGCGCUGGAGAACAUGUGCUAUUAAAAGUUAAUCACCAGAGUCACCUAAAUGGCCCUCUGGGGAGCAGAAGUGAUAGAGACUCUGAAGGGACGUCACUAGCCAUGAUUGUGGUGCCUGUACUACUAGCUGCUGCGGCCAUCUUUGCAUUCGUUAAAUACCGGCAGCGUAUGACGAGAUUCUAACAGGGCAAAAAUGUGCAAACACAAAGAAGAGAAGAUAUAGCUUUAUAUAUAUAUGUAUAUGUCCAUAUAUGCUGUCACAUGAGAUACCUCCACCUUGUCUACUGCCUAUGUAAUAGUUUGGAGUAGUACCAGCCCACAGGAAUGUAAUGAGUACAAUCAUUCUGAGAAUAUAUGGUAUCUUGCGUUACAUCUCCACGGUUACUACACAAUUGCUGUGCACCUUUCUUUUCUUUUGAAUGAUUACUCCAUCAUGCUCUUGAAUAAUUAUUUCCAGUAAUUGUACAUUUCCCAAAGUAAUCUAGAGCAGCCUUCACGUUAUGAGGUACUGUAUGUGGACACUAGUGUGUUAUGGAGUUUGAGUCGGGAAGCCAUUUUGUAUGUGUUUAAUCCAUUUAUUAUGACAUGACUUUUUUUUUUUUUUUUUUUUUAACCAGCUUUUUAGGGGAUAAUGGAGGCCAAACUUUAUCGUAAUGCAAUAUUAGUAACUAAACGUAGGGGACAUAUGGGUGGUGUGUAGCCCAGGGAAUCUGGUAUUUACAGUUCCCAUUUGCCUGCACAUAGUAAGUAGCCAGAGUACAGAGUUCCGCAUGCCAGUGCUUAUAUACUCUAUGUACACUGCGGGCAGUUUCCGUGGAGUAUAUUUAUAAUUCCGUGACAGGAGAAUAAGGAGCAGAUGUAUUGGGCCUUCAGGAGUGAUAAUAUGGAAAGAGAGAAAGCACCAACCAAUCGUCUCAUCAUUUUUCAAACUGUAUGGCAGUAAGGAGCUGAUUGGCUGAUACUUUGGGGUCUAUUCGUGAAGCAGUGAAAAGAGUGGAGAAGUGAGCCAGUGGAGAAAUUGCCCAUGGCAACCAAUCAGCUGCUCUGUAAAAUUUUAUAGUAUGCAAAUUAUAAAUGUUACGUCAAUGCUGAUUGCUUGCCAUGAGCAACUUCUCCACACUUUUCACUGCUUCAUGAAUAGACCCCAUAAUAUCUUUCCAAAGCUUAGUACAUCCCCCUCUCAUACUUAUAUGGCCUGAUGUGUGCUGGUAAAUGGUGUGUAACCCUCUAUGUACCUCAACUCCAGGGAGCAAAGUUCCCACAUGGCAUUAGCUUCAACAGGGGUAAUAAGGGAAGAUAUAAUGUGGCUUCUGUCGUAGUAAACCCAUUGUACAAUUAAUUUUAUAUUUAUUCAUAAUGUAUUCCUAUUGAUCUGACAAGAACACGAAUCGAAAUCAAUAACGUUUGUCUUAUAUGAGCAUUAAAUUUGGGACCUUU